UUUUUAGAGACGAGAAAGACUUGCACUUCUUGCGGAGAGAAAAAAUGAAAAUGGCAGCAGCUGCUGUUUAAAAGGUGCAAUCACAACACACGUGCGUAAGUGUCGGAGAAUGAGUUUGUGACCUCGAGCGAAGAAGAACAUCACGCUGAAUAUGGUCCAGGCCGGAGAAGACGCUGAGGCCGUGUGCCAACAGGACUUGCCUCAAGCCCUUAAAUUGUUAUUUGAAAUGAACGAAAGCGCUGACAAGGUGUCCAGUCUGGUAGACAGUAUGUUAUCCCAGGUUAAAAGGGGAGAGUUAGCCACAGAAGAGGGAUUGAGCUUCCUUGAAGUGAAAUACCACACUCUGCUCAGCUACUUGAUCAACCUUUCCCACGUGGUUUUAAGAAAGGUUUCAGGGGCAUCUAUAUACAAUGAACCCUGCAUUGAUCGAUUGGUUGAGUUGAGAACUGUUUUGGAAAGACUUAGGCCGAUCGACAAACGGCUCAAGUACCAGAUCGACAAAUUAGUCAAAACAGCAGUCACUGGCGAAAGCUCCGAUGCCAGUUCAUUCCGGGCCAACCCUGAUAACAUGGUCAGCAAGCUGGAUGAGGACGCGGACGUCAACGAAGAUGAAGAUGCUGCGACGGAAAAGAAGUCUGUGUACGUCCCUCCAAAGCUGGCUCCGGUCCGUUACGACUGGGAUGAAUCUGCUGCGAGUCGCCAAGAGAAGCUGCUGGAGCGAGCGAAGAGACGAGCCCUGAGCAGCGCCAUGGUGCGUGAACUGAGGGAAGAAUUCCUAGACGCGCCCACCGAGCUUGGCUCCAGGGUCGACUCAGGUGCAGGGCCGUCGGGGCCUUCUAAAGAGGACCGUGAGCGUCAAGAGUACGAGGAAACCUACUUCACUCGCCUGCCAGAGACAAAAGAUAAGCGGAAGAAAAGGAAGCUGCCGACGAUUGGCUCUUUGGCCAACGAGCUCACCAACUUCGAGUCAGAUUUCCGCGUUCUAGAGGGAGAGGUGAUGCCGACAAAAAAGAGGAAAAGCUCAAAGAAACCCACAGGGAAGAAGGGCAAGAAAGGGUUCAAAAAGCGAAAGUCUCGCUAGAACAAGGAUGCGUUUUGAUACUUCUACCUUUAAAAGGUUCACAACGAGUUGAGCAGGGACAACUUCCCCUGUUUCAUUCCCCACCAGAGAUAUCUCUUUGAAAAUUUGAUUUUAAGGUUAUUAGAGCAACUUAAGUUUCUGUUUUGAUCACCUCUGCUUACGAAUUAUUGUUGUCUUUGACGUGAAUGUUGUUUGUAGACAUAGAAUAUAGGCUAAGCGUAACACAACAGAGCAACAACUAACAGACCAUCAUCCAAGACCCACGUGCCCAACAUAGCCAGUUGUUUCAAUGAAAGCCGUGUUACGAUUCGAACGGAGCUUCACGAGCUGUGAUAGAAUUAGCAGAGAAAUUUUCAAAACCCUGAAAAUCCCCUAUCCAUAUCCGUGUGAGCAGAUUUCAUAUUUUAUAGGUACAACAACAAGGAGGCCUUUGCAAUUUUUAAGACUUUGAUCAACCAUCAUCCAACCUAAGUAUUCUGUGCCUGGUCUGACCAAUAGACUAAAACUCAUGUAAAAAGUAAAUCAAUUCAAUAUCUUUUGAAUCAGUUAAAAUAAUACAAUUAUGUGCACACUUAGUUAUCAUUAAGUGCAGAAGUGGUUAUUUCAUGAUGUUGACUGUUUAUGUUAUGCAGAGGUGAUGAGAUUUAGGUUGUCAUAAAAAUGUUUUUGUCUCAUUGUAAAUGUUUGAAGCCCAUCUUGGAGGCAAGUGUGUAUAAUUUUAAUUUUUACAAAGAGUCCAAAAUGCAUUAUUUGUGGUUUUUACAAUGACCGAGAAAUAAUCGUGCAAAUUUUCUUUGAAGUAUCUGUCCUUUAUAUAAAUGAUAUAAACCUUUCUUUAAUAAAUAAUGCUCCUUCCUCUUUCCUUAA